AUGUGUCUAUCUAUCUCAACCUGUUCAUAUCUAUCUAUCUAUCUAUCUAUCUAUCUAUCUAUGUUCAUAUCUAUCUAUCUAUCUAUCUAUCUAUCUAUCUAUCUAUCUCUGUCUGUUCAUAUAUAUCUGCCUAUCUAUCUCAAUCUGUUCAUAUCUAUCUCUCUAUCGAUCUAUCAGUCUGCUCUUAUGUAUCUAUUUCAGUUUGCUAAUAUCUAUCUAUCUCAGUCGGUACAUAUCUAUCUAUCUAUCUAUCUAUCUAUCUAUCUAUCUCUCUCUCUCUCUCUCUCUCUCUCUCUCUCUAAAAAUAUAUAUAUAUAUAUAUAUAUUUAUAUAUCUGUCUCAGUCGAAGAGAAAGACCUGUUUGUCCAACGCCAACAUCUGGACACAUACGAAGAAGCCUUGGAGAGGAUCCGGGCAAUUACAGGUGACACUGACUUGGAGAACAUCAUCACCAAAUUCCAAGGAAAUGAAGAAGAGAAUUUUGCUCUCUUCAAAUACAUUAACGAGUUGAAUACGGAAAUUGAGAGUUAUACCGAAAAUAUCAGGGAAUUGGAACGGGAUAUUUUUGAAAUUCAAGAAACAGGUGCCAAGAAACGAAAAGACAUACAGGAUCAAAUCCAAUCAAUUAAAACUAUCAGCACUGCCAUCGAUGCUGAAAAGGGAAAAAUGGCCAUAGUGGAAACACAGAAAGUUCUGGAAGAAUUCAAAGUAGGCAUCAUCUCCCUCCUGAAAGUUCUUCAAUGUGACUCUCAACCAUUUGAGUCUGCCCUUGCCGCAGACACUGAAGUGAACGAAGGGACCAUCCUUCUGUAUAUGGGUAGCAUUGAUCAACGAAUUACUGAAUUGCUGCUUAUAAACCAAUUUCUGGAAAUUAAGCAUACUCAAAUCAAGCAACAUAAAACCGAAACUUCUUCGCCUUUUCCCAGCAAACCAGGAUCGGCAAAAAUCAAUCGACAAUAUCUCUCAGUUGUUCCUCCGGAUAUUGAUUAA